AAAGAAUAAAUUCUGUGGUACAACUGCGCAAACUUGUCAAAUAUAUUUUCUUUGAUUAAAACAACCGAAUCAUUUAGAGUAACAAUUGUUAUUCAUUCACAAAUCGUCCAAAGCAAUUUUAAACAGAAGAGGUGGAAAAAAAGUUACCACAACAGUUGCUGUAAUAAUCUUGAAUAGUCAGUUCCAACCAAGUCAAAAGCAACUGUUUAACAUUAUACAUACACGUGUGUAUAUACACUUAUCUACGAAAGUCAACUGUUCCAAAUAACAAUAAGAAUAUUAAUUGAAUAACUUCUUCUUCAACUUCGUGCAUAACCAAAAACUUGUACUUGUCAAACUGUGUCCAUCAGAUCUUAAAGAUUCAUUUAUACAAGGUCAUACAUUUAUAUUUUCUUUAUUCAAAGAUUCUGUACUAUUUUGAGAAGAUCAACAACUGUUCACGUUCACAACUAAUUGAACUAUCAUCAAUAUACUUCCAUUUUUAUGUAACCAGAAGAUAAAAAAAACAAGAAAAACUAUUUUCUCUCAAAGGAUUGUCCAAGAAUAUACAACAUUUCCCCACUGAUAAGAAAUAAAUUAUUAACUGGAAGAGGAAAACAGCAGCACUCAAAAACUGUUUAAUUUUUUCAUUAUAGUUAACAGUCAAAAAUUUCCUAUUUCCUCUUCGACAAUAUUCAACUCGUGUUGAAUCUUAUUACAUUUCCGGAUACAUACAUACAUACAUACAUACAUACACACGAAGAUAUACACAAUUACACUAAACCACAUUUGUGCGUACAUAGGAAAAAAUUCAGGUUAGCAGCUGACUCGAGUAAUACCAACUGUUGUCUUACACACGAAAAAACAACAGAAAUUGAUCAAAACUAUUGCGGUGAUUUCACCUGCUGACUUAUACCGCUUUUUAUCUGGAUAAGUAUUGAAUAAUAUUAUACGGUGAAACAGGAUAAUCGAUUUGCUUACUAUUCCCGUGUCCAAGUACCAACAAAAUUGAUUUUAUUCAAGUGAUCAGAUUAUUACAGAUUUGACAUUAUUAAUAUCAAUAACUAAUUGAUUUAUGCAUAAAUACACAUAUACAUAAAUCUUUGACAAGAAAGUUAACAGUUGUCCUUUUGUGUUAUUUGAAAAAUCCUCGGAAAAUUUUCUACACAUUUAAAAUCACGUGAACUCAAAAUUAUGAUUGGAGAAUAUGAUCAGUCACACCACCAUUUAAACAGUACAUUCACUAACUACAGUAAUAAUAGCAGUAUUAUAGUAGAUGAUAUACCUACCGAAUCCUGUCAAUUGUUAAAUUAUCCUACACAACUGAUUAAUAAUAAUAAUAAUGCAACAGCCAAAAAUUCGACACAUUUCACCUCAUCUAUCAAUCAUCAUCAUAUUGCAUUAACAAAUGAACAGGUGAGUUUCAAUGUAGAAAACAACUCCGAAUACAGUCAUAACAUAUUAGAUAGUCAAACUAAUCAUUAUGGACUAUCGUCUUCUACCAAUUCACCCUACGGGAAUUUGUCAAAUCAAUACUCGACUAAUUCACAUUAUACAACAAAUCAGCCGCAUUAUCCUAUUGUCACAUUGAAUAAUAAUAACAAUAACAGUGAUAAUCCAUUUAGAUGUGCAAAUUCAUUCAUUCCAUUAGUUAAUUCAAAUCACCAUUUGCCUUCUAUAUCAUCAUCAUUAUCACCAACCUCGACAACAACAACAGCGUCAGUGACAGCAGCAUCGUCAGUUACAGCAGAAACAUAUCAAACUAAUUUAUGUGAUCAAAUUGAGUUUUCACUGAAUUCUCAGUUCCUUCAACCGCCGACUGAAGAAUUUAUCACAGUAUUACCAAAUGAAACAGAAUUAAUAAAAACAUCUGUAUUGCGUCAUCUGGACCAUUAUUCACAGUUUGUAAAUCAGUCACCGUUUCAAACAUUAGUACAUCAGUUAGUAACCAAUACUACUAAUAAUAGCAGUAAACAUAACUUUGACAACAUUUCAACAUCGACAAUUGAUGAUGACUUAAUAUUAUGUCAUAAAACUAUUUUAUCUAAUCCACAUAAUAAUCAUGAGUUCCUACCACCAUCAAUGUACCAUUAUCAACAUGUUCCUGAAGGUGAACUUGUUAAAGUAGAAAGGCUAAAUGAUGCUGAUGAUAAUGAAAAUGAUGAUAACACUUAUCUACGUCAACAUAAACAGCAUCAACAAAGACAACAAUUAUUACAACCAAAUGAAUAUAAUACAUAUAUAAGAAACUCUCGACAGACUACAUUCAACAAUUUGAAGUCAUCUUAUCCUGAAAAUUAUGUUUCCAAUGAACAGACAAUAAUUCCAUCAUCAAUUAUAAUACCUUCGAUUACAAGUGAUGAAUUUAGUUUAUCAACUAAUUGGACACCAGAUAAGAUGAAUAUGUAUCCAGAUGAAAUAUCAUCAAUGUCACAACACCAACAUCGUCAAUCUAGUAAAUAUUUAACAUCGCCAAGUCAUUUCACAUCAACUCCAUUAUCAUCAGAAGCAAACUUUGGUAAUCGUCAAAUAGAUUAUUUGAACAACAGCAUUUAUAAUAGCCCUGAUCUGUUACAAAAUACAACACCACAACGUUUAUUAAUUACAGAAGCCAAACAACACGUGUCAAAUAUAUCCAAAUCUUUUGAUAACAAUGACAAUAGUAGUUGUAGCACUAAUAAUAAUAAUAUAUAUUGUCUGCCAGUUUCUACACAAAUCGCUACCACUCCCAUUACCACAACAAGUGAGAAUUCUGUGAGUGUUUUUAAUCAAACACAGCUCCUUUUUGAUGGGUCCUCUUCAACUUCAUCAGCUGCAUCGAGAUCUUCAAGUUCACUUGGCAACGCAUCGUCAGAUAAUAAUAACAAUUCAGGGAAAAGACCUCAUUGCCUAUUAAAUGAAUUUCAGACUCAUCUACAAAGCACAAUUAAUAAAAAUACUUGUCAAAAAUCGGAACUUGUCAGCAAUCCACCAGCAUCUUACAUAACUAAUAACAGUUUCCAUAUAACAUCGCCAUCACAUAAUACAUCAAUAGAAAAGACUGAUAAAUAUACAAAUCCGGAUUCAAAUAAAUCAUCUAUUGACACAGAACAAAUAAUAAGUGAAAAAACUAAAAACGAUAGACGAAAACAAACAGAACUGCCAACAACUAAUCCUACAGUUACAUCACUAAAACGUACUAAAUCAAUGAUGCAUUCAGACUCAACAACGAUGCCACUGAAACCUGAACGACCAAGUAUACAGCAACAAGCAACCUCAUCAUUACGUAAACGUGGUCGUUAUUCUCGUAUGAAACAAGCAGAAAUGAGUAUAGAUAAACAUCAUUUGAUCAAUACAGCAAUAAAUGAAUUACAAACUUCACAGUCAACGAUGAAAACAGUAGUAAUGAAGUCGAAUAUAUGCGAUGAUACAAGUAGUAGUACAGAUGACGAAUCUGAUUCAGAUAAUGAUGACACUGAAGAAACUAAAGAAGAGCAUGUUAUUGCACCUGGUUCACAUGGACAGUGUCUACUAUGGGCAUGUAAAGCAUGUAAGAAGAAAACAAUGCAAGUUGAUAGGAGAAAAGCUGCAACAAUGCGUGAACGACGUCGUUUACGUAAAGUUAAUGAAGCAUUUGAAACAUUAAAAAAACGUACAUGCGCUAAUCCAAACCAACGUAUGCCAAAAGUGGAAAUUUUAAGAAAUGCUAUAGAUUAUAUCGAAAAUUUAGAAGAUAUGUUACAACAGAAUGGCGUUAUACCAAUGGGUAUGACACCGUUAACAUCAGCAUUGAAUGUAGCUACUACAUCUCAAAAUGAUAUUAACAAGAGUAGUGCAAUUAACCGUAUAACUCAAUGCAAUUCAUCUGCAACAACUUCUGCAAGUAGUUUAAACAAUUAUCAUCAUUCUAAUACAUCUAUAAAACAACCAAAAACAACUAUCAACAAUAAAUAUGGUAAAGAACAAAAUGAAACAUCUUCAUCAGUGACAAAUCAACCCCAUUUAUCUAAUAAUAACAGAUGCCUAUUAACUUAUACAUGUUCUCAAGAUAGUCCUAAUUUAUCGAAUUUCAGAUGUGAUUUUAAUUUAGAAAAUGGGAAUAGACAUGAUUCUACAGAUUCUCUUACAGAUUUGUCACUUGGUAGUUUACCGACAGAAUGCAGACCUGAAGAUCAACUAAAUACAAUGCAUAAUUCAAUAUGUUCCCUUAUUCCAACAACAAAGGAUUCUAAAUUAAUCGAUUUUAACAGUAAUUAUUCACAGACAACCACGUGGAAUAUGUGUACACCUUACGAAACGCUGGAUAGUUUAAAAACCGGUGAUCAGGCACAACCUAUUUUAGUAUCAGACAAUCGAACUACUUUACAAUGUAAUAAAAGUAUUGGGAUUCCAUUAGCUGGACAUUAAUCUAGUCAAAUGAAAUGUUGAAUGCUUCAAUUAAAGAAAAUAACAAAAAACCUAAUAUAUUUAAACAAGAGUUUAAAUACAAAAAAAACAAUACUUUAUACAUAUAUAUAUUUCGAUAGUGAAGUCUAUCGUAACUCUAAUGGUUACUAUCCAUAUGGGAAAUUUCCAUUGAAUUCCAUUUAUCAAAAUAGGAAAAUUUUUAUUUAAAAGGAAAUUGAAUUCUGUACAUAAUUUUUAAUUAAAUUAAUUAUCUUGCAAAAAUAUUUUAAAAAAACAUUAUACAAUUUUAUAUUUUGGAACGAUGUACCAUUAAUGCUAAUAACUGAUUAUAAUCAUUAAUAAAAAAUAAAAAAUAAAGUAAUAUAUUUA